AUGACACAAAAAGAUGACCUCGCCUUCACUCAACUAUUAAAUAGAGUGCGCACCGCUUCACAUACAGACGAUGAUAUCAGGUGUAUUCAAUCCAGAACAAUAACUCCAGGUGAUGAAAAUUAUCCAUCGGAUGCAUUACACAUCUUUGCAGAAAAUGCACCAGUAGAUGAGUACAAUAUUGAUCGCCUACAACGAAUUCAAUCACCACAGUACGUUUUAGAAGCUUUAGAUCAAUUCACACGUCAUGUUAGAAAACAGGAUAUCGAUAGAGUGUUGUCUAAAGGAAGAUCCGAAACUGGAGGGCUUGACACUAAAAUCCUGAUCAAAGAAAAUGCGAGAGUUAUGCUCACAACCAAUGUGGACAUUAGCGAUCGACUUAUUAAUGGCCAGUUAGGUACAGUAAUAAAAGUUUCUGUUGACAAUGUUAGUAAUAAACCCUCCAUAAUUUUUGUUAAAUUUGAUGACAGUAAUGCUGGAGUAUCUGCUAUACGAAAUUCGUCCAGUAGUUUUGCAAGAGAAAACAAUCUUGUUCCUAUUAAACCUGUAUUGGCGAGAAUUAAAGUCAGACCAGGAAAACCAUCAUCUCCUGAAAUGCAAAGAUUACAAUUUCCUGUAACUCUCGCAUGGGCAUACACUGUUCAUAAAGUACAAGGAUUAACUCUAGAUAACAUUGUCGUCAGUUUUGAUUUAAAAAAGCAAAGGUAUUUUAACUAUGGUCAGGUAUAUGUAGCACUUAGUCGAGCAGCGUCCCUAAAUGGCCUGCAUAUUUUAGCAACACUUGAAAGUAAACAUAUUCGAGCAAAUCCUAAAGUCCAGGAAGAAUACGAGAGAUUGCGUGAAACUUCGAGUCUCCACCCGGAUAUUACAACAGAUUUAUGUAACAUAGAAACUGUCUCAAUUUGUCUUUUAAAUAUUAGAUCAUUUAAAAACACAGUCUUGACCUAA